GCCUUCGCCUGAUUGGUCGGUAGCGUGCGGUGUCCUAGGGCAGAGUGUGUAGCAGGAGCACUGCUGGAGCGCGGCACUUACAAGACUGCGUCACAUGAUGUCCAGCCAGGUGGAGGGAGCUGCGGCAGCGGAGGAGCACCCCGGCACACUGCACGAGCCUUCCAUGGUAAUGGGUCACGGGGAGGGGGACUAACAGCCGGCUCCCAGCAAGGUGCGACAUCCAGCGCAGCGCACACCGGGCACACACGAGGGAGGGAGGGAGGAACACGUGAUCACCGCGAGCACACCUGUCAGCCUCUCACACAGGGCUACUAACCUGGGACUGACCUCUCCGGGGACUGCACUGCCACCAGAGGGGGUAACACAGCCCUGACAUCAUCCCUGGGGGGGCAACUGCACUGCCACCAGAGGGGGUAACACAGCCCUGACAUCAUCCCUGGGGGGCAACUGCACUGCCACCAGAGGGGGUAACACAGCCCUGACAUCAUCCCUGGGGGGGCAACUGCACUGCCACCAGAGGGGGUAACACAGCCCUGACAUCAUCCCUGGGGGGGCAACUGCACUGCCACCAGAGGGGGUAACACAGCCCUGACAUCAUCCCUGGGGGGGCAACUGCACUGCCACCAGAGGGGGUAACACAGCCCUGACAUCAUCCCUGGGGGGCAACUGCACUGGUGCCAUAACAGCUCCUACAAAGGGUAUGCUGAGCUCCAGCCCCUUUAUAAGAAUGGCAUGGCUGGCCCUUACUUUGAUAUAUUUUAAGUAUCAUAUCUGUAUUUUGGUUUUGCCAGAAGUACUGGAUAUAUAUGACUAGUUUCCUGGAUUGUUGUGUUUACAUUUUCACAUACAGUACUUUAAUUUAGACUGAAGCAGUUAUUAUCCAACUUGAAUAUGGAGCCUCCAUUACCUACUGUUUACUCAUGUACUAUGGUGUGUGCUCAGAGAUACAUUUCUAAAUACAAGGCAACAGCAGUGUGUUUAUUCUACUCUAAUUCGAUCCUCGUUUCGUACACUGUAUAGCAGAUAUACCCACAUGGAAAAGAUGCACAAUUAAAUGCAUGUUUUUAUUUGGAAAAUAUCUAAAAACAGCAUGCAAAGGUGGCAGAUCUCUUAAUCUGCAGCCUUUGCAACCCCCUUCCUCCCCCAACUUAACCCAGACUUCCCAAUGCAACGCAUGAAGAUGGCUUUCAAAGAGAGAUGCUUUUAGUAGUUGCCAGCCUCUUGAGUUUAGCUUCAGUGAGGUAAACAGCCAGGAAGUAGCAGGACCGGCUGACAGCCAUUGAUCUAUACACCCAAACUGUUACCUAGUUACAUAGCUGAAAAGAGACUUGCGUCCAUCAAGUGCAGCCUUCCUCACAUAUGUUUUUGCUGCUUCAAUAAGCUCAAGUUGUUUUAGGGACUCUGCAUAAGGACCUCCGUCGUCACCGGAAUCCCCAUAGGAAAGCAUUGAAUAAUGCUUUCCUAUGGGGAGGACUAAUGCACACGUGGCCAUAGCCGCGCAUGUGCAUUAGGUCUCCCCGUUUGCAUGGGUGGGGCCUGACCCAGCGUUGACGGACAUCUGUGCUGGUUCAGGUAAGUGACUGAAGGGGUUUUUACCCCCUUCAGCAACGCUGGGACGGAAGGACUCCAGGUUUCUGCAGUUCUAGGAAAACAGGUUUGUUAUCCUGGCACUAGAGAAUCUCUUUAAGCAUAUUUAGCACUAGCAGUAUUUAAUUUCUUCCCGGUUGGAAUUAAUGUAAGACCCACCGAUAUUGUGGUACUGUGAAGUAAUAGUGGGCUUAACACAUGGCCAUAUGGUAACUGAAUCCCCAUAAAUGUUUGCUGAGAGGGGAUUUUUAAGUAGCCUUAUAUAAUUUUUUUUUUUUAUGUGUGCGCUGUUCCUUAAUCCGUACUAUGGAAAUAAUGGUUAUAUCAGGAAUGAUUUAGCCAUUUCCAGGUUUGGUGACCGCUCACUGCAAACUUUGAGGAUUUGUAGUAAAAGCAGGAGUUCUAAAUAUCAUUAUCAUUUUUAAACUUUAGAGUGUUUUAUAUAUAUAUAUAUAUAUAUUUUAUAUUUUUAUAGUAGCUUUGCAUAGACAGUCAAUAAUCUAAAAGCUUAUAUUGCCACAUUUUAAGUGCAACCUAUAUAUCAAGUUUGCUAAUAUGUACAAAGCAUAACCCCUAAAACAGAAAUAACCGCACAUGUCUAUAAAGUCAGGUUAGCAAAGGAAGACCGUCCACUAGAAGUCGUGUGUUAUUGUGGAAAGCAGGCUAGGUCAGAUAGACAUGAAGGUCUAAACUAUAUCUGUAGGUGCAACAGUGUACUUUUGUUUAAUUGAAUUUUUCCUAUAGUGUUUUAUUAACAUGUGGGUCAAUUUAGCAUGGUGUGCCACUUUCCGUAUUUUAUACGUAUAUAUUAACAAAUCAAAGGGGAUAAAUUGGAGAAAUAUAUACUGUGGGGUUUUUUCUGGGACUUUGGUAUGGAUAUGGAAUCAGUGAAUAAUGUAAUGGACAGAUUUCAUCAUCUCCCUAGACCCGAAGGACUACCAGCAUCGGCAAACAGACAUGAUAAUUUGUUUUCAUCAAUUUUGGUUCAAAGAACAACUCCUGUUUAAACACAGAGAAAAAGUAGGAAAAAAAUUACAAAUACCCAUAUAUCGACCUUCAAAUAUUCUAGGACUUAUCAUGGACUGCCAGGAAACACAGAAGAGCCUUUGGCAUAGUAACUAACAUAUUGAGGAAUAAUCUGAUUAAGUACAAUUGGGGAUAUCCAAUUAAAUUAAUAGUAAUACAGGAUAAUGAUAUAGUAAUAUUUGAUGAUCCCCAAAAGGCUUCUUUAUGGCUUCAAUUGAAAUCGUUGCCCUGAGUAGGAAGAGAAGUAAUAGGGAUAGGGUCUGUUAAUACGGUCACUUUUUUUUCUUUUUCUUAUGGCAGACCAAUUUGUUGUUAAUAUGGUCUAAUAAGGGGCAUAUGAGAUCAGGGUGAAACAACAUGUGCUUUGAAGCUGGGAUCAAGCUCGUAUAAAUAGUAAGGUUUAAUUAGGGAAUAUUAAUGGAUGCACAGAAGUAACAUUAAUGGGUAAUACAUUUAAAUAGAUAACUGAAACACUGGAUGAAUCACAGUUUUUUUUUCUUGUUUUUUCUCUUUCUCGUCACAUUAGAAUUAAAACGGAGAAUAUGGUGUUAAGAUAUUGCAGUGGAAUAAGAGCAUAAAUAUCACAGAAUAUAAAUUGGAGGGCUUAUUUUAUAUAAGUCUAUCAUUGAUACUAGGGGUGGGUCUCAAAUAGACCGUGAUAAAAUAUGUCACUGUUAUGAGUGAAGCAUUUUUAUUAUAACUGAAAUAAUAAUAAUUAAUAGCAAUUGACAUUAGAUUAUCAUGCUGGCAUUUAGAGACAGUGAGUUGGUAGCCUAGUGGUGUUGUGCAGUGUAAAGUCGCAAGCUGGGUAAGUUACAAGUUGCUAAGGCAAGGCUGAUCUCAAUGCUGAGUGUGGUGCACAGGGCGACAGUGAUCCCCACCUGGCCUAUCCCUACAGUGAGUGUAACAGGCUGAAGAAAAGUACAGUGCUUAAACGCCUCGGCAGUAAAAAAUACGGACCAAUGCUUAAGGCAUAGAUAUGGUACAGAAGCUUAAUGUCCCCCUGGGUGUCCUGAUGCUCAAGAAGUUCUUUAGUGUCGCUGUUGUGGCUUGGUGGGGCAAGUUUGCCGACAGUGGCCUGCUGUUGCGAGGUCAUGAGGCCCCUAGCAUAGUCUCUUUCAGCCGAUGCCCCCUUUAUGGAAACGGUGUGUUCUCGUCGCUGGGUCUCUGCAUCCUGCCGCCUUGCGGGUGUCCAGAUGGGCUAUGUAGCAUGUGGGUAAGUAUUCGAAGUGGCGUUGUGCCUGAAGGCACCUCCCUCUCCCCUCGCUCCGCUCGCCCAUCGUCUGUAGUGUAGGUAGCUUGUUUAGGGCUGCUUGUUGCCGCUUUAUGAGGGCAUCCCAGAAGCGGCUCGAUAUCGCCUCUAUGCUCUGCAUGGACUCACUCCAUGUCCCGCUGACAGCCGCCAUUUUAGUGUGCCUAGUAGGGGGUUGCAGCCUUGUGUGUCUGGACCAUGCUUGUGCUGCUGGUUCUUUUGGAUGUCGAGUGCAGGCUGGAAUGCCCUUCGCCGGCCGGGGGGGGGGAGGAAGGCGAGUGCACUGAGGGUCGUGUGUGUGGUGUUACCAUCCAGGAGUGCGGCCGUCUCUCCCUGGCUCGGCCGCAUGUAGGCCCCGUGUGCUUUGCGUGGGAUCCCGAGCAUUGUGAGCCUCGCUUAUGGGUUCCUUUGAUGCCCCCGGAUUUCCCCAGCUCCUCUUGUGUCCACUGACUUGUGGGUGAGUUGGUGUUCGGGGUAUUUAUCCCCAAUAUCGUCUUUUCUUGCAGGGGCUGAUGUACAGCACGUCUAUCCUGCUCAGCAGUCAGGCUCCGCCCCGGGUGUUUUGUUAGCUUUCCUGACAUUUCGGUUAGGUGCAGAUCCUCUUCCCUUCUUGGCGACCCGGCUUUUUUUUUUUAAAAUGAGCUUACCGUAUAUUGUAUUUUUUUUUUUUUUACAUUGUUUAGUUAUAUGCUUGAGAACUGGGGUUUAAGGAAACUCACGCAUAUUAUAUCCCCCAAAAAUGUAUACAAAAAGCUUAAAGUUUGAUAUUAAUAAGGGUUUGUUAAAGGUCAAGCAUUUUUGUCUUUGUUGAAUGUAAUUUGUUUGUCUUAUUUGUGAAAAUAAUAAAAAAUGAAUGAUUAAAAAAAAUAAUUUAUACAUAAACUAUAAAUGUAUAGUUGUGCUUCUAGGACACGCUGAGCCAAAGUGAGUGCAGAAAUACUUGUGUAACUCUACUGCACAGUUGUAGUUUUUAUAUCUGCUAGCUGAGAGAUAUAAAAUGAAAAGUACAAUUUAACCUGUAAGCUUAUAUAAGUGGUUAUGGUUGUAGGUUACCAUCUCUGCAGUCUUUUGUUUUGUCAGUUUGACAAAUAAUUAAACUGGGCUUUAAAGUGAACCUCUGAGCUCCACUUAGAAGAAUGGCCAAUUAAAGAGCUGGGAAUAACACUGCCUAGAUCUUGUCUACAUAACUUACUGGCCUAGUGGGAUUUAAAGUCCCUGGUGAGUCAGUGCUUUCUUGGGUGGACUUGUCAGCACUCCGUUCCAGGGAGCAGCGUACUGUGUGAGUGAACUGUCACUCUCUGUUUAUUGGUACUGUGUACGUAUGAUCAUCACCAAUUCUCAUAGAGACUGGUCACUUUUAGAACGUGCAAGAGAGAACAGAUACGUUGGAUAAGUGUUAGGGACUUUUUACCUGUUAUGAGUAGCAAAUCUGUACUUGCCAAACAGGGGUAUGCAUGAGAGGUGUGUCUUACAGCAAGUGUAACACUCACUGAAAUGUAAAUGAUGCUCCCAUCAGGAGACAUGGGUAAUGAAAAUAAAGUAUGAGCUUUUAACGGUAUUUAGGGAAGAAACACUUAAUUGUAUAGCUUUGGUCAAGCUUAAUGGUUAGAACACUGCCGGGCUAUAUCUGUCAUAUCAUGUUCACUUUAAAAUAUUGUUUAUGCAUUGGUGGUGUUUUUAUUAUUUGUUUUUUUUUUUUUAUUUGGAUUUUACAGUGCAGAAAUGUACUUGACACAGGUGAUUAUAGGGAUUUGUUUUUUUACAGUGCAUUCACAUCUUAUUAGACAGGCUGGUAAUGUUGUGAGACACGCAGAGAAGACAAAUUCACAUGGUUUAGGUAUUAUGUUGUAGUAUUGUUCUCAUAACUGAAUGGAAAUAUAUUUUUUUUGUGUGUUUGUGUUCGUUAUUUUUGCACGAUUAUUCAAUUCAUGGCAUCCAUGCAUUUUAAAGGUGCACUAUAGGGUCAGGAACAAUACAACUUUCAUAUAAUACUUUGUGGGGGGGAGGGGGUUUCUCCCACCUGUUCCUUCUUCUCACCUUUCAUUGUGAUGAAUUUAUUUAUAUAUAUAUAUAUAUAUAUAUAUAUAUAUAUCUUUUUCUGAGGGAGUAUAACUUUUGAAAGUGAAAAGUUGCUAUGCCUGAUUUGGCCAUUUUUGUUACAAUAAGGAAUAUUUACUAAAGUGAGAAUUCAGAUUGAAUUCAAAGUGAAUUUCAAAUUUAAGGCCACAGUAUUCAAAAGGAAAGCAGUUCAGCUUUUUGUUACCUUAAAUUCAAAAUUUGUUUUGCAUUCUCACUUGGUAAAAAAAGUCUGAUAUUGUGUUUUGGUGUAUUUAUACCUUAUUCUUUUAUUUAAUCUAGCUACAAAGCUUAUUAUUAUUAUUAUUAUUAUUAGGGCCGAUUUCCGCAAAUAACAUGAUCCCACAAGAUAUAUAUUAUAAUCCCAUGCACUGAACUUUGUGAAAUUAAAUACAAAGCAGGGUUAAUCACUUAAACAUUUAGAAAAUUUAAAGCCAAUUGGUAAAACAGAGGUUAAAGCAGCCAAUUGUGGAAUUUUUCCAGAUCAGCUACUUUAGCCUUGAUUGCGAUGUUCUUACUUAAAGUGGCUAUGUAACUGUCUGGGGACUUUGACAAAUUCGCAAAGUACACCGACUGAUAUCGCUGCUGGUGGUCCAGUGGAUGCAGGAUCGGGGGGGGAGGGGGGUGGAGGCAGUGAAAGAUGAGAUUACUUACCUGAACCGGUCCCUUGCGUGCACCGAUUUACUUAAACCGCAUCAGCCGACAUCAUUGCUGUUCUCAAUCACAUGAACAGCCAAUUCCUUGCAGUCUUCAAUGGUGAUGGCUGUCGGGAUUGAUUCUUAGACUCCGCCUUGAGUCUAAGAAAGGCAGGCGAUUGGGGGGGGAGACAAAACAGUCUCUGUAUGUCUCUUGAAUUGGGUUGUCAUUUCAGUGAAAUUCCAACACCGUCAAUCUAAGUAUAUCAUUAAUAUUCUAUCUUUAUGAAAUACACAUUUCAGGAGGGGUUGUGGGAGGUGUGGCAGUGUCUCUUUAAUUCACUAAAUUGUAGUGAUGUGUCAAUAUAAUUGCAAAAUAAACACAAAAUUCUCUCCGACGUGGCUGCCAACAUAAAAUGUGCCAGUUGGUAUUUGCCAGUUUUGUGUAGUAAAUAAAUCCCUGAUCCUAAAAUAUGACUGUUCUGGUUUAUAUAUCUUUUCCUUUGUUAUUGAAUAUUUUUUGUUUGUGUGGUUUUGUUUUGUUUUUUUGUCUUGUACUCUGUUCACUUGCCAACCUGUCCAAAUUUUCAUCAAACCCAAAUUCCUUUCUCUAUUUCAUCUUUCUCUUUCCUAUCCCUCCUACUUUAUUUAUUAUUUUUUUUUUCUGGCAUAAGGUGGCAAUACCUGUGGGUUGUGCCUCCUUAAUUGGGACAAGCAUCUAGAAGAUAUAAGUUAAUUAAGAGUCUCUCCCCUUUAUUCCAUAAAGGGUUUACCCCGGCAACCCCACCUCAGUUCUUCCUUGUCCCAGUACGGGACGGAUCGUCUACUUGAGGUGAGACACACAGGUUGAUGUCUGGGGGAGGAAGCCCGAUAGCCGCCCAGGCGGUUGGCUGAGCUGCAUGGCUCUGCCCAUGGAGGUCCCAGAGCCCUUUCAGGUAUUGUUUGUUCCGGCUUUGUGAUUAUGAGCAGGUCAGGGGACGCCUUUAUGAUGCUACAGGCCAUGCGCCUGCGCACCGCGGUGGAACACACGCCUGGGUGAUGUUGCGUUCCACCGAAGUUCCGGGUACUCCACUGCAUGCGUGAACCGGAAAAUGGCGUCGGAUUUUAAUCCAUGGGCGUAUAAAUUCUGUGCUGUUUCCCUCUGGAUGCUGGUCAGAAAGGAUUCUCCUUGUCACCAGCUCCCGACACGGCUCAGAGGUUUUUGAAGUAAGAUUAAAUAAUCUUUACUCUAAAAAUCUUUGCUUUCUGUAAAAGUAGCAGCUUUAAAGAAUCCUAUGGACAAGAGGGCCGAGACCUCCUGCAGGCGUGGUUUCCAAUGUAAAGCUUUGCUGGCAGAGGGUAGCAGUAUCCAGAGCUAGUAACUUGUGGUUGCAAUCACAAGAGGAGAUGAUGUUGGAAUCUCCAGACAAGCAACUGGUUAGGUUGCUACAAAAUUUGAAAUUGUCGAAUACCUUUAUAAUGGAUAUGAGGAAUGAAGUGCUCAAGUUGGCUUCCAGAAACAUGGGCUUAUCUUCAGUUGCCCAUAGAGCCUGGACGCCGGAUACAACUUCAAAAUAACUCCUCUGUGAACUCCCACUGGAAAAAUAAAAGCUGUUCGGGUCUCCUUUAGAAGAGAUCAUUAACCCCUUAAGGAUGUAUGACAUGUAAUGAUUCCCUUUUAUUCCAGAAGUUCGGUCCUUGACGAGUUAAACAGAUGUCUGAGGCGGAAAAAAAACCCUUCCUCAAGACAAGAAAUUUUCUUGGAAGCCUGGUUAUAAAAAUAGAAGAACCUACCUGGAUAGGCCUCAUUAUUUUCAAAAAAAAGAAAUCUGAGGUUUGAGGAGAAAAAAGGGGAUAGAUCUGACUAGGGUAGACGUUUCUGACGCUAAGAGAGUAGGAGGCAGAAUCCAGCGUUUCUUCAAAAUAUGGGAAGAAACUACAAGCAAUCCAUGGAUUCCAAAUCUGGUGAAAAGAGGUUACCAAUGGCACUUUCCAAACCUGCCCAAACCAAAAUUCCUCAUUUCCCUUUAUCCAUCCUUCCCUGAAAACCAGGAGCUCUGUUUGCAGAAACUGUUCUGCUAUUGAAAAAAAAAAGGUCAUAGAAAAGGUUACGGUGACCCAGGAAUUCCAAGGGGUCUUCUCAAGACUCUUCCUAAUCUCGAAAUCAGAACAUUCCUUUCGGGCCAAUUCUAGAUUUAAAAAAAUAAAAUGUGAACAAGUUUCUUCCUUACCAAAGGUUCAGAAUGGAAAUGAUUACUUCCGUAACUCAGAUUCUUAGGAAAGGGGAUUUUAUGGUGAAGCUGGAUCUAAGGGAUGCUUGCCUUCAUAUCCCUAUGGCAGUAACCUCAAAAAGAUUCCUGAGGUUCGCCAUAAAAAGGGGAAAAGAGAUUUUACAUUUUCAGUUCAAAGCCCUCCCCUUCGGGUUGGCAUCAGCCCCAAGAAUAUUUACAAAAGUUCUUACGCCCAUAACCUCUUUUCUAAGGGAGUGGGGCGUCAAGCUCAUUCACUACUUGGACAAUUGGCUGCUUAUAGCAAAUUCCAGAAGUUUGUUGUUGGAAAAGGUUCGGUUCACAAUCAGUGCUUUAGGAACACUGAUGGAUACUGAGCUUCAAGAAGUUGAUUCUACUUCCUUCAAAAAAAAUAGAAUUACUGGGAUUCGAGAUGCUGAAGAACGUUAUCUCUACAUCUGACUACAGACAAAAGAAAGACCAUCUGGAAAAAAGUGUCCAAUUUACAGAAGAGAUUAUUAUUCUAUAAAACAGGCAAUGAGUGUUCUGGAAUAUCUAACCUCACCAAUUCCCGCAGUCAAAUGGGCAAAAUCAGAAAUAAGGCCUCUUCAGUGAGGAAGACUUAGAUUUGUAUCUCCAGAUAUCUCCCCAGGUAAAAGCUUGGUUAAACUGGUGGAAAACUUCAAGUUUUAUUUCGGCAGGUUUGACCUUCAGACCGAAAGAAUGGGUGGUCGUCACCACAGAUGCGUCAAACUCAGGCUGGGGCGCUCAUCUAAAUUUGUUAAUGUGCCAAGGUACUUGGUCCACAGAAGACAAAAUAAGGUCAACAAAUUACAGAGAAAUGAAGGCAGCUCUUCGCAGAUUCAGAUCUUGGAUAGAAAAGAGGCCUAUAAGAAUACCGUCAGACAACAACACAGUGGUCUCUUACAUCAACAGGCAAGGUGGCACCAGAGUGGAAAGUCUUUUUCGGUUAUGCGCCGACAUUGUGCUGGACUCGGGUUCACUUAGAAGACAUCUCUGCGUUCCACAUAAAGGGCAUUGACAAUGUCAUAGCCGACGAUCUCAGCAGAGGGAAAUGGGAUCAGAAAGAGUGGUCUCUAAACCCAAGGAUAUUCGACAUUCUAAUAAAGAGAUUCGGAAUGCCCGUCGUAGACCUUAUGGUAAGAAGAGAGAACACCAAGGUUCCCAAAUUUGCCUCCCUGUUCAGGACAGAUCCGCCUCAAUGGUCUAUCUCUCCAAUGGGAUUUCUCCCUAGCAUACAACUUUCCUCCAAUACAGCUGAUCCCAAGAAUUCUUCAAAAGAUAACAGACAGGGCAGUGGUUCUAGCAAUCAUUCCGUACUGGCCAAACAGGAGCUUGUUUUUGGACUUGAAGGAAAUGGCUUCCACGUACUGGGAGCUUCCAAUCUCUCUAUAUCUGAUAGAAAACAGAGUUAACUCUGGAAAUUCUACAGAUAUUCAGAUUGACGGCAUGGCUGUUGCCACCCUAAUCCUUUGUCAUCAGGGUCUUCAGGAAGACAGGGUCCAAUUAAUUCUUCAAUCUAUCAGAUAUUCCACCUCAAAGUUGUUCAUGAGAAUUUGGGCAAAAUUUCUACAUUGGUGUAAGGAACAUCAAUGUCUUCAGGUACAUCCUUUGGUUGAUUCUAUUUUACACUGCCUUCUGGAUGGGCUUCACAAAGGUCUGGGUUUUUCCACUUUGAAGGUCCAACUAUCUGCCUUGGUUUUUUUUUUUCUUUCUAGUUAAGGAUUUGGCGUUGCCUGUUCUAAUUAGGAGAUUCUUCAAAGCAGUAAGGCUUAUUAGACCACCCAGGAAGUCAUACUUUCUUCAGUCCUGCAAGUGCUCUCUGUGAACCUCCUUUUAAACCUUUGGAGAAGGUCCCAUUGAGGAAUCUAACAAUCAAGACGGUCUUCUUGGUGGCCAUCACCUCUGCUGAAGUAGGUGAACUUCAGGUUCUUUCUUCAUCGGACAAAUUCAUUUUAUUACAUCAAGAUAAGGUAGUGCUCCAUCCUAAGCCUUCAUUCCUUUCGAGGGUUAUCGCUUCUAGAGCUGUUAAUCAGCCCAUCGUUUUACCAUCCUUCUGCAAUAAUGUCACCUUGCCGCAGGAACUAAAAUGGCAUAUAUUGGAUGUUAGAACUUUACAGAUCUACCUUUCAAGAACUGCCGAUUUAUUGAAAUUCUGAUCACCUGUUUGUCAGUUUCCAAGGGAAAUUUAAAGGGGGAAGAGCCUCCCGUAAUUCUAUCUCUCAUUGGUUGAUUGAUACAAUCAAGAUGGCAUAUGCUUCCUGUAACAUUCCUAUACCUACUUCUCUUAAAGCGCAUUCCACAAGAGAAAUGUCUACAUCAUGGGAAGAAAAGGCUCUUGCUUCGCCCGAAGAAAUUUGCAAGGCAGCUUCUUGGUCAUCAUUCAACACCUUAAUCAGGCAUUACAUGUUAGAUGUAUUCUCAUCCUCUAAAGCUGCAUUUGGGCAUAAGGUGCUUCAAGCUGUUGUGGCGUAAUGCCCACCUAAUGGGAAUUUUGCUAUAUCUCACAGGUACAGCCACCAUAUGCUAGAAAAAAAACUGAAAUUUUUACUUCCAGUAAAUUAUUUUUUUCUUAAUAUGGUGGCAGUACAAUAGUCCCUCACUCUGAAUAAAAAAUGUACUUGUUGUAUUUGACUUGUGUGGUGUGUUUUCUUGCUACGACUGAGGUGGGUUUGCCAGGGGAAGCCCUUUUAUAGGAUAAAAUGGAGGGACUCUUAAUUAACUUCUGUCUUGUAGAUGCUUGUCCCAAUUAAGGAGGCACAACCCACAGGUACUGCCAUCAUAUUAAGAAAAAAUUAUUUACGGUAAAUCAAAAAAUUCUGUUUUUCCUUGCACAGGAUUAUUGUUAUUUCCCAGUGGUGUUUCUCUAUGCAUUUCCUUCCCCCAUUAAAGGACCACUAUAGGCACCCAGACCACUUCAGCUCAAUGAAGUUGUCUGGGUGCCAGGUCCCUCUCUGUGUUAACCCUGCAGCUGAAAACCUAGCAGUUUCAGAGAAAUUAUGUUUCACUGAGCGUUAAUCCAGCCUCACGUGGCUGUCUCACUGACAGCCGCUAGAGGCGCUUCCACGCUUCUCACUGUGAAAAUCACAGUAAGAAGACGCUGGGCGUCCAUAGGAAAGCAUUGAGUAAUGCUUUCCUGUGGGUAGUUUGAAUGCGCGUGCGGCUCUUGCUGCGCAUGCGCAUUCGGCGCCGACAUCGGCAGAAGGAGGAGAAUUCCCCAGCGCCAAGGGAGCCAGGUGCUGGAGAAAGGCAAGUGGCUGAAGGGGUUUUAACCCCGUCAGCCCAGCGGUUGUAGGACCCUGAGGGUGGGGGGGACCUAAAGACCCUAUAGUUCUAGGAAAACUAUAGUGGUUCUUUAAGUAAUUCAGGUACCUGUCUGUGUCCCCUAGGGUCUAAAUUUCCAUUUUGUCUCAAAAGCCACUCUCACUUAUGUUUGAAAUUUUUUUUAAAACGAUCUGGAAAAGGGUAAAUUAAAAGCUUUUUUAUUAAACUUUAUUGAAAAAAAUGGGUAGAGGUGGAAUCUUUGUAACUAAGGAUAGGUACACUAAAGCAUUAGAAAUACUGUACAGCUAUUUGCCUCGCUUAGAAAAUAACUCAUCCCCAUUGAUCCUAUGGAAAGAGUGGGCAGUUUAAGCAUUGUUUAGAUAUCUGUUUCUGUGCUGUGUUUUCUGUGAGGCCCUCCAGGACACCUGCAUUCUGAGGUUAUACACAGCACUAGAGAUCAGUUUUCAGAUCUCACACUCCUUUUACAGUCACCGGAAAGUAAAAUACAGUUGUCCUCAUUUUCCCAGCUGCUUUGUCACAGUGAUCUCUGAUCCUCCAGACUUGCUCAUAACACUUACUGCAUGGUCAACUAUUCAGCUGCUGGGAACUAAGCAUAUGCCUAGCAGGCCACCUAGAAGUUGUUAUGGCUUUACUACAAUCCUUCCAAAGUGUAGGCAGCAAUCACCUUAAAGGGUUACUCUAAGCACCGUGACCACUGAUCUGUGUGUGCAGAAUUUCACUAUAACAUGCUGCACUUGUGGUGCUACGUCAUUAUCCAGUUCUAGGCUAGCUAAUGUUAAUCCUAUGCAAAUCUGGCAUCUGCCAUCCUUACCAUGAGUGGAAGAGAGAGACCAGUCAUUGUGCUGUUUUUUUUUAAAUUUAUUUUUUGUUUUUUUAUGGCCUGUGAUCUAUGUAGACCAAUUUAUAAAUUAAUGCAGAAGUCAGUUUAUUCCAGAUGAUAUAUUAUACUAUAUAGGCUCCCAUUUGUAUUUAAUACAUUCCCUGACAUCCAAUCAGAGCUGUGCACUUCCAUUUUAUAUACUAGAAGAUCACAGCAAUAUUCAUAGGUCCAAGCUGAAUUGGCGAACUGCUUUAAGUACUGGAGUCUGGACAGAUCUGCUGCAUAGUGUGCAAAGGCUUAUCAGAAAGCCAGACACACACUGUCUGUGUCUUUUAGUCACUGAAUCUCCUAUCUGUGCGCUACAGGAGCAAAGGUUUCAGUGAGCUAGAACACACCUCUACCCACAUGAACAAAGAAUUAACCUGACUUAUGUAUGUGAGCAUGAGCAAUAACUUCAGAACUAUUUCUACAAAAGCCUAUUCAGAAGUAGCAGCUGGUAUUAAAGUUGACCAAUUAUGCCAAUAUUAAUUAACAGUUUAUAUCUGCAUCUAUAAGUGCUAGGGAACACUUCCAGCUCUGAAAUAAAUAGACUUUACAGAAUGGACAGCAUUUUUAGCUUAAAGGACCACUAUAGUGCCAGGAAAACAUACUCCUGCCGGGCUGGAUGGUGGAUGGAGAGGAAGGGGUUAAACUUACCUCUUUCUCCAGCGCCGGGCGGGGAGCUCUCCUCCUCUUUGGCUGAAUACACAUGCGCGGCAGGAGCCGAACGCGCAUUCAUCCAGUCCAUAGGAAAGCAUUAUCAAUACUUUCCUAUGGACGCUGGCGUCUUCUCACUGUGAAAAUCACAGUGAGAAGCAUGCAAGCGCCUCUAGGGGCUGUCAACAAGACAGCCACUAGAGGCUGGAUUAACCCAUAUAUAAAUAUAGCAGUUUCCCUGAAACUGCUAUGUUUAUAGAAAAAAGGGUUAAUCCUAGCUGGACCUGGAACACAGACCACUUCAUUAAGCUGAAAUGGUCUGGGUGCCUGUAGUGGUCCUUUAAGCAGUUUUGGUGUACAGACCAUGCCCCUGAAGUCUCACUGCUCAAUUAUCUGCCAUUUAGGAGUUUAGUUCUGUUCACUUCAGUUCUGCUGAUGCAGCCCCAGCCACACCUUCCCUGGCUGUGACUGACACAGACUACAUAAAAAACUAAAUUGUUUCAUUCUCAAUCAGGUGUAACUUACUUUGAACGUUUUUAUGUCCUGCUCUGUAAAAUUAACUCUCAUUACGUACAUUUGCAAUAAAGAAAGUGUAAAAAUUAGAUGACUCUUUAUAUAUGAAGUUUUUAGGAGGGCUGUGUAAGUCACAGGCAGGGAGGUGUGACUAGGGUGCAUAAAAAAGUGAUUUAACACCUAAAUAUUAGAGAGAUGAGCAGUGAGACUGCAGGGAUAUAUGGGUUGUACACAAAAACUGCUUCAUUGAGCUAAAGUUGUUUUGGUGACUGUAGUGUCCCUUUAAGAGUGUCUUUUGUAUGGCUAUUGUUCAAUGGUUAUAAAAAGCAUCUUUAAUUUCUUAAGCGUAAAAGAUUCUUGUAAAAUUUCUUCUUUUCGAUUUGUGUUGUUGCAGCUAGUUUUAAUGUAACUAGUAGCUUUGAAGAGGGCGCUAUCUUGCUGAUCCAUGGGGGAAUUUGUUCAAGGGGAAUAUCGUGCAGAGCCAACACAAAAGGAGCAAUAUCUGCACCCAUUGUCUGUUUACCUAUUACAUGCUGUUCCUAGCGUAAAUAUUGAGGGGUUUUUAGGUGUAUUUCUUUUUUUUUUUGUGAAAUACAUGUGUUUACAUUGAAUUGAUCUUUUAUUCCAAUGAACACGAACAGGGUUUUUUAAUAAAAUUACAAUUGUCUGAAAUUCAAAGUGAAUUAAAAAUUUAAGACAAAAAUGGUAAAACAUGCAAACUUGUCUGUUUAUACUUUCUGUUUGGCUGUUUUGGUGUUAAUUUUGAAAUUCACUUUCCAAAAUUCCAAAUUGGCCAAGUUAAAAGGGGGAGGAGAAACACUGGAGAUUUUUUUUUUUUUUAAUUUAUUUAUUUUUAACUAUUUGACUGUUAUGGUCUAAUAUUUGCAUUUCCCAUGUCAAUUCUGUACAAUUUACAAUUUAGUGAAUACACCCCACAGUUUGCUUGCACUCUAGAUAUGCAACUUGAUUCUAAUACUUUGAUGCUUGUCUAUCGUUUAGAGGACAUAACAAAUGUAUAGGGUCAGCUUUCAAACGAGCCCUGCAGAUAUCUCCACGUAAAGUGGCUUAACAGAACAGGACAGGGUGUAUAACUAAAUACUUUUUAGUAGUGUUUUAUACCCCACCCGCUAUAGACCGUAAGUUUGUUUGAGCAGGGUCCUCUUCAACCUAUUGUUCCUGAAGUUUUCUUGUAAUUGUCCUAUUUAUAGUUAAACCCUCUCUCAUAAUAUUGUAAAGUACUAUGGAAUCUGUUGGCGCUAUAUAAAUGGCAAUAAUAAUAGUGAUGGACUUAUUGUUUACUGUGUGCAACCUGGAUGGCAUACUUGUGGUCUUGUGUUAUCAAUGGAUCCACACGACAAUGAAGUUCAGCAGAGGGAAAAAAUUAUACAUAGGCAAACUAAAUGAAAGCCAGUGACUGGAUAUGUACAGCUCUGCUGCAUACUCAUAUGGAAGAAUUGCGACAAUUUAGCUGUAUCCAUGUUAUAAUUACGUACAAAAUUGGGUGGUAAACUCUUCUUGGAAUGUCUCUUUUAAGCCUCUGCCUACAUUACCUAGGAACGGCACCAGGAACUUGCUUCAUAUAUAAUUGUAAUAAUCUCUAAAGUGUGCCUUUUAAGCAAUCUCCGUUGCAUUCUAUGUUGCAAUCCAUAUGACUUGGUUAUUUUAUUUUUUUUUGUUUCUAUUCAGCAUGCUGUUUGUUUUGACAUUUUGAAACGUGUGACUGUACCAUAUAAUUUUAUGAGCGUAAGAACUGUUGUGUUAGCACUCAGAAGAAUGACAGAACUAACAUUUGUUUUGACUCAUUAUGUAUUUUGGGUAUUAAGCAGCUCUUUAGCCUGUUAUUCUGGUUAUUCCUUAGAAUUAAUUUGUAAAAAACAUGGAUACUGCAUCUCAUGUGGCAGCAUAAUGUCAAUGUGAUUGGCUGAAUAGAUCCAGCCAGUACGAGUGUAAAAACACCAACAAUACAUUUUCCAUCAACUCAAUUUUUACUUCUUACCCCUAGCACAUCUGGUGAAUACCCAAAUCGAGAUUCCAUUCUUUUUAUUUUAAUAAUAGUCCAGAAAGCCUCAGUCACACUCAUUUAUACUCUAGUUAUGAUUGCCAACUUGUAGAGGAAUGCAUUUCUCUGCAAUAAGCUACAGGUCACUGAAAUAUUGCCUGUUGUUUCUUCAUUAUUUUAGACCACUUGUGGAAUAUUGCAAGAUAAAAGGAUACCAUAUAAUGUCUAAUGUCACAAAUGGUAAACUGGAAAAAAAAUCUCUAAGCCAGCCAUGAUUUAAACUUUUCUACCUAAAUUUUGAAAUUCACUUUGAAUUCUCACUUUAAUAAUUGGCCCUGAAUCCUGUGAAGAGUUUAGCAGUCCUUUUCAUUGAAGUUUGACAUGCAAACUCAGUUCCCCAUUGCAUUUUUUUACAGCGGAAUCACAUUAAUUGUCAAUUUUAGGGUUAGUCCAACCACCAUGACCACUUUAGUGAUUUGAAGUCAUUGUGGUAGGAGCAUGUAUGUGCAGUGUUUCUGCUUCACACAUUGCGCACAUUGAGUAAUUUGCAAUUAUGUGCUAGUUGCUGCUUUGCAGCAUUUUAUUGUGGGGAUCUUGUAGUAAGGACCAAUACGGCAUUUUAACCUAAAACAAUAUUUGUUGAAUAAGGGUUACAGUAAUCUUUUAAACUGGCAUGACACAUUUGCAACUGCAUAUUUAACUGUAAUUAAGUAGCGUUAAUAUUUACACUCCUUUUCCAUUUUAUCCUGAGCAAAGAGCCUCCUUGUUUUGUCAUGAAGUUUGCAGGUAUCCCCUGCCUUCCAGUGACUCACUGAAACAUAAAAAUAGGAUGAUUUGACAUUUGUGUGCAGUUGGAGUACUGUGACUAGGCUCCUUCUACUGAAUUGGUUGUAAGUCACAAUUGCAGGCAGCCAUUGCUGUCAAAUGGAAGUCACCAUAUUAUAAAUGAAAAAUUGACACUCCUCAGUUACCAACAAAGUGUAGCUUUUGAUGUAUUGAUGUUUAUUAUUCCUUAAAUUAAUCAUUAACAAAAAAUAAAUAAAAAUAAACUGAUAUUCUGUUUAGGCUCCUAAUGCAAGCACAUUAGACUUGAAAUAAAACACUGGCUAAGAGGAUGAAGAGCAGAUUGUCUGCUUUAAUUUGAGGUUAUUUAGAUAAACUGCCUACAAGUUACACAAGGAUUUUGUGACUUUAAAAUUUUAUUUUCUGCAGACAUAUCUAGAAGUAUGGUAAAGCACUGUUGUUUGAGCUGACACAGGGUAAAGACAGAUCUAUGAGUCUGGCCUGGAAGUGGUUACUGUAAUAGCUGCUGAAUAUCAGUCCAUGACAAACAGAUGAAGAUGUAUGGUAUAUGAGUAAAAUCUGUAGAACUAAUGGUUAAACCAUUUUAGUCCUGGUUUAGUACACUGUUUAUAUAACCCAGUGACAAACAGAUUAGUAGGAUUAAUAAUCAGAUGCUCUCUUGGGUCAUGUCUGGUGAUCAGACCAGGUGACUACCACGAACUGCGACAUGUGGUGUCUAGGCAGGGACACUAGCUGAUAAGACCACUACCACAUGUUGUUUGUAAAUAGUUGGUAAGGAUGCGUACACAGGAGAAUACGAUCCUUCAAGUAACUACGUAGGAUUACUUAUUCAAAAACCAUUGAAAAUUAUAGGCAAACUGUCUACUGGGCCAGGAGAAUUUGGCAAGAUAAAACAAUGAGUUUAAUGAACCUUCCCGGCAUCGCUACUACCUAUGCUCAUUGCAUAAUUAUGAUGUGGGCAACUGUUCUUUCUCUACUCCAUUAUCUUUCUUUUCCUAUCAUUUGCUCUAUGCAUAGCCAUUUCUAAUGCGGUCUCCCUAAUCCUUUGUCUGUCUUCUUAAACUAAACCUCGGGUAGGCAGUUCAGCUCUGUCUGCUCAAUUUAUCCAUCUCUUUUAUUGACAAUUUCCCUGUGCUUUCCUACGCUCUAUUUAAUACAUCUGGUAAUUUUCACGAUUACCUAUAUCCUUAUGCAUUGUAAGGUGGGCUGGGGUUGUAACCAGUGGUAGAACUAGAAAAUUCUAGGUGACUUAAUCACAUGUGAUUGAAAAUAUAAAGCCACCAACUUUUUAUUACCUUUUUUUUUAUUAUUAUUAUUGCAAUGGACCUCUUUUGUACAUUGUUAAAUAGGGAAACUAGGAUAGAAUAGAUGGUCAGAGGGAUUAUAAGGUUAAUGUGAACCAUUCUCCAUGUAAAGAGAUGUGACUAUGAAAAGUUUCAUGUAAAGUAAUCUUUUUAUUUUUUCUUCUAGAUUGAGAUGGAAGGGACUAGCAUAAAAAGGAUCAACAAUGAUUCAGACCUUUCACUGAUUAGCCCACUUCCUGAGUCUAUUGUGAAUGGUGAAAAAUUGGCCACACCUGUGUGUCUGCAUGAAGAUGGGCAGGGCGCAAUUAUAGAAUCUCCUAUAGUUUCGAGCUUUAUGCCAAAAGAAUCCCGGGAGGAGACCCCUGGAAGGGAGGAGAUCAGGCUGGACCCACCUGAUGGACAACAGGACCUGGGAACUGAGAGGACCUCAGAUAAAACCUUAGGUAUGACCUGUUUGGAACAGCCUAGAGGUGUACUACAAUAUGCACUUUUGUUCUGUAGUUCCAAUUUUGGCCCAUUGUAUUUCAUAAGUGGUUAGCCUUAUAUUGAGUUAAAAUAAAUAUGUUGCUGUUUUUUUGUUUUGUGUGUUUUUUUUUGUUUGUUUUUUAAUAAGGGGACAAAAAAAUACUAUUUGUUUAGUAAAUUACUUUUCAUUUGUUAAAUUAGCUCAUUAUCCCAUUCUUCACACUUAAAACACUUAAAGGGACUCUAAAUAGUCACCAGAACAACUACAGCAUAUCGGAUUUGUUCUGGUGAGUAUAAUCAUUCUCUUCUGGCUUUAUGCAGUAAACACUGUCUUUUCAGAGAAAAUGCAGUGUCUACAUUACAGCCUAGGGAUACAUCCACUGGCCACUCCUCAUAUGGCUACUAGAGGUGCUUCCACUGAUAUUCAGUGUCUACUCCCUCUGCAUGGAGACACUGAUCUUUCCUCAUAAAGAUGCAUUUAUUCAACACAUCUCUGAGGCGAUGCUAAUUGGCCAGAGCUGUGUUUGACUCUGCCCUGAUCUGCCUCUUUGACAGUCUCCUGUGGGAAAGCAUUGUGAUUGGCUCAUAACAACAUGUCUGAUGAUGUCAGCCAAGCAGGCAGAUCAGGGGCAGAGCGAACAGCAGCCUUGAAGUAAGAUUUUGCCAGAUAGUGGUUUUAAAACUAUAGGGUCCGGAAUACAUGUUUGUGUUCCUUACCCUAUAGUGUUCCUUUAAGAGGUCUGAUGAAUAUGAUAUAUACUCCAACCAUUGGACCCCAUGAAAUUGCAUAAGGACUCAAUAUAAAAAAAAAAUUAUAUAUAUAUAUAUAUAUAUAUAUAUAUAUAAUAUUGUGAUUUGAUAUUCUAGUGCUUCUGUUUGACACCAGCACUGCAGUAAUCACUUAAUGAGUAAUAAAACAGUUGACCUAAUUCAUUAAAACUGGAAAUAUUUAACAAAAUCUAGAAUUUCAAGAUCUAUGUUUUAAUAAUGGAUUUGAUUCACUUUCAGAAUGUGUUUCUGUAAUAACCGCUACUUUGCUAUUGCCCUCACAGGUAAAGAAGUUUUGCUUUUGAUGCAAGCUCUGAAUACAUUGCGUACCCCUGAAGAGAAACUAGCAGCGCUUUGCAAGAAAUAUGCUGAUCUUGUAGGUUUCAUUUUGUAAAUAUUUUGGAGCACAAAUAAUAAAAUGUAUUAAUUUUGCUUUUUGGUACUUUAUAGUCUUUCUGAUGGGAAAAUAAUAUAAAACAGUCCCUAGCUCCAACACCUUUACCUGUAAAACAAGCUCCCAAUGUAUAUACAUCCAUGUGCACUCUGGGAGACAUUUUCUCAGGCAGCUGAUUCAUUCAGUGACGCAUUGAGAGUAGGGGAACAGGGAUCAAUAAACCAACAGCAGAUAAUAAAAUUAUCAAGUAGUGUAACUUUUUUUUUUUCUCAUUAUUCCUAUUCGUAUGUAACCAGAGUAAUAGUAGAUCACAUACAACUUGCUAUAAAUUGCUGAUGUAAGAUAAACAAUGAGUUUUAUAUUAAAAGACCACUCCGAGCCAAUGACAACUUCUCAAGAAAGUUGUUAUGGAGUCAAGCAGUCCUGGGCACUGUCUUACCGCUUGGGGUUGCACAGUUUAAAAAUUACUCAAACUUGUCUGCAGGGCACCUAUCUGCUCUGCCUUUCUGUCUCCCCCGGCCUUAAGUAAUGCUAAGGUUGAGGGAGGAAUCAAAGCAGCUAAGCAGAUGGAGUGUCAUACCCGACUCACUCCUACACUUUUGCCUCUGCCUGGGAAUGCUCUACCAAUCUGGGCAAUGGUACCCCAUCCCACCAAGUGUGAGAUGAACUCCCUAGAGAUCAACUACAGCUUACACUUGCACUAGAAUUUGUGUAAUCUAAGACAAUAUAGUCUUCUACAGAAUUUCAUUUCUAGAAGCGUUUCUAAUGUUCUAGUCAUUGGGUUUAAUUAAUUGGUACAUGUCAUUUUUUUAACAGUUGGAAGAGAGCAGGAGCUUCCAAAAGCAGAUGAAGGUUUUGCAGAAGAAGCAAGCUCAAGUGGUGAAAGAAAAAGUUCACUUACAGGGUGAGCACAGCAAAGCUAUCCUGGCACGAAGCAAGUUGGAGUCGCUUUGUCGUGAACUGCAGAGACACAAUAAAACAUUAAAGGUUAGUACAACUUUGGUACAAAAAACAAAGUUCUAGCUGGGUACACACAUGAAGUAGACAAAAAUCAUUCUAUGGUCCUUUCCAGUACAAAAUGUGUGGUUUAAGUAUAAAGCUUAAAUCACAUCUCACAUCUGUGUACAUUUUGUACAUAACCAACACUGCUAACAUGUGAUUGAAUAAAGGUGAAUUACACAUGAUGUUUGUUCUAAAAUGUAAACUAUCAAAAUAAAUGUAAUUUGGCUAUAUUAAAAGUUUGUUUGAGAAAUGUAAACUGCUUAAUGUAACACUCUAACACUGUAAAUACAUGUAUGUAUUUACAAUGUUAGUGUUACUGAUGGUAUUUGAUUAUAGGGCCCCUUCCUGAAAUAAAAAAAAAACUUGCAUCUAUUAGCGUUCCAGUCUUACUGUUGCUGCUGCUCCACCUUGUUCUGAGACCACCUCUCAGGCCAAUCCAGUGCUUCUCCGUAGAGAAGCUUUGAGGGCCCUGAUGUGCAUGUGUGGCAAUUGUACUGCUGCAUUGUGUUUUCCUCCUAGAAAGUCCUUAAAAUGCUCUCCUCUAGGAGGUAGAUUUAACUGCAUCAUGGCAACACAGAACAUGAACACCGUAUAUAAAUUAAGACUUUCUAGGAGGAAGUUCCUCUAAUGGCUGUGUGAUUGACUGCCGUUAGAAACAUACUGACUGACUAACGCAAACAUUGCUGUUUCUCAGAAAGGACAGCAUCUAGGCACUUUCCUGUUCACUACAGCGGCCCGGAGGAAGGAAGAUAUCAGGUAGAGAUGCUGGGGGACCAACUUCUGGGUUAAACCAUUGGAAAGCGGUUUAACUACUGAAGGUAAGAUGGCGCCCAGCACUCCUACCUCCACAACAACUUAAUUUUACUGAAGUGGGAAAGGGUCAGUUACAAAUUAAAGUGUACAGCAAUACACCUUGCACCAAAGCAAGUGAUAAUGAUUGCCCUUUAACAUCGGUACUAAAACUGUAUAAAAGGAUGGUGACUAAAAAAAUAAACAAUUUGCCACUCUUUAUUCAUGCCCAAUAGACCUUUAGUGGUUGACACGGGAUAAAAGUUUCCUGCAACAAAAAAAUAGUAAGACUGUUCCCAUUUUGAUUAGGAUGGAAAUCACGUUCUAUAGUGUGUUGGAAAUUUCCAGAAUCUAGAUUUUGUGCCCCAGAAAUAUAUUUAACAGGUAAUGUGGUAUUAGAAAUUCAGCAGUUUUACAGGUUGCAAAUCUACAGCUAUGCUUAAAGGAACUCUCUGGACAGCAUAAAUACCUUAUAGGGUAUAUUUCACAAACUGGUUUUAGAAAAAUAUGUACGUUUCUUAAGCCGUUUUAUGAAUGGGAAGCUACUGAUUGGCUUAAACCGUGAGCUGAAUCUCUCCACCGGUCAACGGUGCCUGUGUUUGAGACUUCCACUUUCAAGAAUCUGAGCCGCAGAAGAACAGGGUGCAGAACGAUUGAGCACUGGAUACUGGGCUUUGGGGUUAAACCGUUUUCACUCCAAUGAAUUGUUAUGGUGCCAAUUUUGGGUCUGUCUAAAAUGUGGGUAGACAGGAAUUUGCAAUAUUAUAAAUUUGGGAGUACUGUUUAUUAUAGGUAGUGGGAAAAGUUUCAAGGUAUGAGCAAGAGCUCACAAAAUAGAGACCUAUAUACCUCAAGGGCAAAGUACACUGGGAACCAAAAGCAACUUUUAUCUGACUAUAUUUUGGACAAUCGUAGUUUAAGGGACACUAUAGUCACCAGAACAACUUUAGCUUAAUGGCACGGUUUUGCUUUAUAGUUCAUGCAGCUGCAGUCACACUGCUCAAUUCGUGGCCAUUUAGGAGUUAAAUCACUUUGUUUCAACAACCCUAGACACCCUUCCUUGCAUGUGACUUGCACAGCCUUCCUAAACACUUCAUGUAAAGCGUCAGCUAAUGUUUACACUUCCUUUUAUUUUUAAUUCUAGAGUUGUUUUGGUGACUAUAGUGUCCCUUUAAUUUGCAUGAAAAUAUAGCCUCUUUCAAAUUGUUCUUUCUUUAUUACAGCAGCCUGUUAACAGUAUUAGAUAUGUGCAGAACAGUAGCAUUUAAGACAGAUGAGCUGCCCCUUUCGAUUCCAGUUGUUUUCGGAGCAUGAUAUGAAUAAGCAAAUUGAUCAUGUAGUCACUUCUAACCUACUCAACCAGGGCUGAUAUCUUUGUGAGGUGAUUUGCAGCAAGCAGACCUCGUUUUCCAAUUUCUUCCAGGAGUUUACUUGUUUAAAGCUUGCAUAUAACAUUUAAUUGGGACCCCCCCUAACAUACUGGCAGAAUUCAUUGAACAUCACUGAUAAAAAAUUGAUAAAACGUUUUCUGGCAUUUUAUGCACAUAAUUUGCAUCCAAAAAUCAGGAAGAGAAUCUCCAUCAAGCACGGGAAUAUGAAGAAGAACGGAAAGAAGCCACUGCCCAUUUUCAGAUGACACUGAAUGAAAUACAGGCACAGAUGGAGCACCAUGACGUGUAUAAUGCAAAACUUCGCCAGGAAAACAUAGAGCUGGGAGAUAAGUUAAAGAAGCUCAUCGAGCAGUAUGCUUUGCGUGAAGAGGUAGGCUUGUAUAAAAUAUUACUCAAUAUGAAAUGGUACUAGGUGAAAAGGAGCCAAAAAUAUGUUGCUGGGUUUUUUUUUUUUUUUUUUAUAACAAAUGCUAAUUGGAUAAGACAUUGGUCUUUUUGGCUUUCAAACUGUUUGUUGUACUAUCUGUAUCUCUCUAAAAACAGUUUAUCUCUCUGUAUUUAUGUUUAUUAUGUCUAAGCUCCAUUAUUGAUCUGUAUAUUGUCACUUGUUUUAAUUUUUAAUCUUUCACGUUUUUUUGAUUAUUAGUUUUAUAUCGUACAUACAAACAUUUAAAAAGCAAGCAAAACAGUUGACAUUACAAAUAGACAUAUUUUACAUGUAACAUGGUUUAGUAUGUGUCUCAGAUAUAACACUUAUAUACAUAUAUUUAAACUUAGUAUAUCAAGCUAUUUGAGUUUAAGUUCGUAUAAAGUUAUUUUUAGGAAUUAAUUUUUAUUACUCGUUUAAUUCGUUCGCUGAAAUAAGAGUUUCAAAUGUAAGGCCAAAAAAGCUAAAUUGGAAAAAUUGUCUAUUUUUGCCAAGCUUCCAGUUUGUCUUCUUUGUCAUAAAAUAUACCUUUUCUCUUUAGGUUUAUUUAAAAUUCUCACUUUUGUGAAUAACCCUGUAUAUCUACAAUGUUUUUUUUAAGUGGUUAAGUAGUAUGUGUCUGACACGACAUGUACAAAAGCUUUAUUUUUUUUAUUUCUGUUCGUAUUUCUUUUCCUGAUGGAUGGAGGCAAUACAUGCCACAAGUUCUUUGCUAUCCGGCAACCAAUAAAAAUUGUCAUUCACUAAAUUCCAAAUUGUAGUGAAUGUCAAUGCAAAUUUUGAGCUAAAAUAGUCAAGCUGUGACCAUAACUGAACUUUUCCAGAUGAUCUAUUUUAGAGUAUGUUUUAACUUGUGGAUUUCCCUUUUUACUACAUAUUGGAAUUUAGUAAAUAAUUCUAAAACUUGAAGAAUUUGAAGAGAUCUUGUUAGGCCCAGCAAAAUAUAAUAUCCUUGGUUUGUUCAACUUUAAUUAGUGUUAGCUUAACUUUCACAACUACAACAGUGACACGUUGAAUAAAAAAAAUUAUUCACUUGUAUGUGAGCUAUAUUUUUACAUAUUGUUCCCACAAAGGCAUUAUUUUCUUUUAAAGGUGAUUGCAUAUCCGUUUUGCAGUCCAUUGCAUUCUGUGGUAAAAUUGGCUAAUCUAACGUUGUCUGCCUCCCUCCACUUCUAGCAUCUUUAAGAUAUGUGCUGCCCUAUAUAUUUUGUUGUAAAAUGGAAAAGAGACUCACGUGAUAAUUUGUGGAGAUAUUUUAAGAGCUAUAUUCAAACAUACUUUUAACACGUUUCUCCAACUUUUGAGAUCCGCCAUUCUUUAAGCAUCUCUUCCUCUGAUAGUUUAAAAUGCACAAACCUUUGUUUACUAAUUCUUCGAAGGAAAAAAAAAAAUCUUGGUACCAUCCUACAUUUCAGGAAUACUCACAAACAAUGCUUUCUAAAGAGCUGUUCGUCAUGUUUCUCCUUCUUAUAAACCUAUCGAUGACUGUAGUAAUUUGUAAAAAAAAGUGUACAGAUGAUUCCAGAUGAUUGAACUAUCGAAUAAGCCAACUUUCUGCUAACUGUUACACAUUUAAGAUAAACACAUAUCUAUCGUUGCAGCCUUACUUUGUGGUACUCCUAAAACAUUACUUUUUUCAUGCAAGUUGUCUUCCAUCAACCUCUUCCUUUCCUCUUUUCUUUUUUCUUCCAUCAACCCCCUUCUUACCCUUUUACCUCUUUAGUAACUACCAUUGGUUUGUUAUAACACUGACAUAUUUUCCCCUUUCUAGCAAAUGCUAAUAUUUAGACUCUGGGAUUUGACUUAAUUUACUCCUAUCUUAUAAGACUGUUGGAUACAAAUUUGUUUUAAUUUUAUUUUUACUGAGGCUUAAUAAUGCAACACCUUAAUCUGUGGCUACCUGUUAAAAUGAAGUUGCACCAUAGUUUUCAUAGGACCUCCCAUGCUUAUACUUGCAUAACCAUGAUCACUCCCUCUAGCACAUCGAGAAAGUCUUCAAGCAUAAGGAACUUCAGCAGCAACUGAUUGAUGCCAAACUGCAGCAGACCACACAGCUUAUGAAAGAAGCUGAGGAAAGGCAUCAGCGGGAAAGGGAAUUCGUAAGUUUCUGUUUUUAUCUAACUUACAAAACUGUAUUGUGUUUUAUUAUUGGAAAAUACACCAUUCAGUUACUGCUUUGGAAGUGUUCAUUACCCCCAUUAGGUUCAGGUGUGUGAAUAUUAAUCACAACACUUUAAACCUAAGUCCUGUGGUCUGCUGGCCACCUUCUCUUCUGGAGACAAUGAGCUUUCAUUUGCUAUCCUUGGCUAAGCCCUGCACUGCCUAACUAGCUCAGGGCAGGGGGCCUAGGCUGCAGAGGAGGAGGCACCUUGAGUGCCCCAGCUAAAUUGUAAAACCAUUUGCUUAUGGUUUGACUACUUACACCAACAGAUUUUGUACAAGUAUAGAAAAGUGUGUGAACUUACGUACAACUCUUUUCACACUGCCAUUUAAAAUUCAGUAAAGAACAGCUUUUCUGCAGAGUAACUUUAGUAAAACUUUAGUAAGGAGUGUCAUGUGGGAUGACACCUCGCUGGGACUGCUGUUAGACAAAUUGUAGUGGGUGUGAAAGGGAACCUAGUGAUCUCCGUUUGCAUAGUAGCUGAAUCAAGGUUGAAGGUUGUAACCAUAAAAUAAUAAUACAUGAUGGAUAAUUUUCCAUGGAUACAAAUUUUUGAGUGCAUUUGUAUGUUGUGGGGAGCGUUUACUGGUGGAAUUUUUUGCGAAUAGAAAAUCUAAGCGAUUGCAAAGAAUGAAUGUGUUGGAGAGCAGCUCCGUUUUCUAAAUAAGUGUUGGCACUGAAGUCUUGUCUUCCCAGUAACAUACACUGCUCAAAAAAAAAAAGGGAACACAAAAUAACACAUCCUAGAUCUGAAUGAAUUAAAUAUUCUUGUGAAAUACUUUGUUCUUUACAUAGUUGAAUGUGCUGACAAAAAAAUCACACAGAAAAUAAGAAAUGGAAAUCACAUUUUUCAACCCAUGGAGGUCUGGAUUUGGAGUCACACUCAAAAUUAAAGUGGAAAAACACACUCCAGGCUGAUCAAACUUUGAUGUAAUGUCCUUUAAACAAGUCAGAAUGAGGCUCAGUAGUGUGUGUGUGUGUGUGUGGCCUCCACGUGCCUGUAUGACCUCCCCACAACGCCUGUGCAUGCUCCUGAUGAGGUGGCGGAUGGUCUCCUGAGGGAUCUUCUCCCAGACCUGGACUAAAGCAUCUGCCAACUCCUGGACAGUCUGUGGUGCACGUUGGUGGAUGGAGCGAGGCAUGAUGUCCCAGAUGUGCUCAAUUGGAUUCAGGUCUGGGGAACGGACGGGCCAGUCCAUAGCAUCAAUGCCUUUGUCUUGCAGGAACUGCUGACACACUCCAGCCACGUGAGGUCUAGCAUUGUCUUGCAUUAGGAGGAACCCAGGGCCAACCGCACCAGCAUAUGGUCUCCCAAGGGGUCUGAGGAUCUCAUCUCAGUACCUAAUGGCAGUCAGGCUACCUCUGGCGAGCACAUGUAGGGCUGUGCGGCCCCCCCAAAGAAAUGCCACCCCACACCAUUACUGACCCACUGCCAAACCGGUCAUGCUGGUGGAUGUUGCAGGCAGCAGAACAUUCUGCACGGUGUCUCCAGACUGUCACGUCUGUCACGUGCUCAGUGUGAACCUGCUUUCAUCUGUGAAGAGCACAGGGCGCCAGUGGCGAAUUUGACAAUCUUGGUGUUCUCUGUCAAAUGCCAAACGUCCUGCACGGUUUUGGGCUGUAAGCACAACCCCCACCUUUGCAUGUUGUGCCCUCAUACCACCCUCAUGGAGUCUGUUUCUGACCGUUUGAGCAGACACAUGCACAUUUGUGGCCUGCUGGAGGUCAUUUUGCAGGGCUCUGGUAGUGCUCCUCCUGUUCCUCCUUGCACAAAGGCGGAGGUAGCGCUCCUGCUGCUGGAUUUUUGCCUUCCUACGGCUUUCCUCUACGUCUAGUGAUGUACUGGCCUGUCUCCUGGUAGCGCCUCCAUGCUCUGGACACUACGCUGACCGACACAGCAAACCUUCUUGCCACAGCUCACAUUGAUGUGCCAUCCUGGAUGAGCUGCACUACCUGAGCCACUUGUGUGGGUUGUAGACUCCGUUUCAUGCUACCACUAGAGUGAAAGCACCGCCAGCAUUCAAAAGUGACCAAAACAUCAGCCAGAAAGCAUAGGAACUGAGAAGUGGUCUGUGGUCACCACCUGCAGAACCACUCCUUUAUUCUGGGUGUCUUGCGAAUUGCCUAUAAUUUCCACCUGUUUUCUAUCUCAUUUGCACAACAGCAUGUGAAAUUGAUUGUCACUCAGUGUUGCUUCCUAAGUGGACAGUUUGAUUUCACAGAAGUGUGAUUGACUUGGAGUUACAUUGUGUUUAAGUGUUCCCUUUAUUUUUUUUGAGCAGUGUAUUUAACUCCCAGCUUGCUGUCACAUUUAUGCUGUUUUAUCUAUUUUUUUUUUUUUUGUGCUGAUUGGCUUCGUUUUCCCCUCUGGCAAGCAGGCACGUUAAAUGGUUUACAUUGUAUCCCUUAGUUAUUGAAUGAGGCAACAGAAACAAGACAAAAAUUUGAAGAGCUAAAACUUCAAGAGAGCCAGUUAAAGCAGCAGGUAAGUGCUUGUCCAAUUGUCUUAAAUAAUCAAUGUAAAUGUAUGUGUUAAUUAUUCCCAAAAGCUGAUCUGGAGGCUCCUGGGCAGCUAUUAUUGUUGUAGCACUGAGCUGAGACGUUCAGUACAGUAUUUUGAACAUUGUGACAUUCAUGUAUUCCUUGACUCGACAUUUUACGAUGGCUGUUGAUGCUGUAUUAUAUGCUUCAUUCUUAAUCUGUAAAAGUAAUCUGCUAGCAUUGAAACAUGGUGGAGGCAGGUUAUGCAGUUUAGAUGAUGUCAAUAUAGUCUAAUGUCUGAGAUUACCAUAUCCUUUGUUUCACUUUUUUUUAUUUUUUUUUAAAUGCGCAUAAUGGAUCUUCCCUUCUGUGAUAUAUAGUAAAGGCAUUCAAGAAUGCAUAGGAAGAACAAAGAAGCACGAUCAGUCUGUGAUCUUAUAAUGGGCAAAUUGGAUGGUCCAAUUUGUUCUUAUCUGGAGUCAGUCUUUGUUUCAUUAUCUGAUUUGGCUUUAAUGUGAGACUAGGGGAAAAGUUCCUUUUGAGUGUAUUUUCCAAAAUUCUCAGAUAACACACUUUGAAGAUCAUCAUUUCCCCAUGCAGCAGACUUUUUAGCUGUUCUCUUUGCCCACUAGCCCAUAUUUAUGGACAAAGAUUGUUUUGUUAUCUUUUUGGUAGAGAUUUUGAAAUGACACCAGAAAACAGAAGGCACAUUACAAUAUUGUAAAGGGGGAAAUUAUAGAAAAUUACACAGAUACAGGAUGGUCCUUGCUUGAAAGAGUGUGUGUAUAUAUAAAUGAAACCUGAAUAGCAUAACCAAGGCUUAAAAAAGUAAAGCUGUAAUGAAGUAGAAUAUUUUUUUCUAAAUAUUGAAGUGUUGCCUGAAUUUUUAAUUUCACUGCGAUUUAUUUUUGCGAUUUUGUGUUGUUUUUAUCUUGUUUGUGAAUAAAUAUCCUGAUGUGUCAUUUCAUAUUAGUCAGAGCAUCAUCACACACUUAAAAUGGAAAAUAAUGCAAACAAAUGUGUAAUUCGACAAGAAAAAUUCAACACUUUUUAGACCAUGUUUAGAUUAGAUUAUACAGAUUAGAGACCAUAAAAUUGUCCAAACACCAGCAUUAUUAGGAAAAACAUCCUCAUGAAAUUUGUAAAAAUAUGCCAUUAAUUUUUUAAAAAUAUAUAUAAUAUGUAUAUAUAUAUAUUUUUUUUUUUUUUUUUUCAACUUAAAAUAGUCCCCACCAUAAUUUGUAAUCAAAAAGUUGUCAAGUUGCAAUGCAUCUAUACUCUGUAAAACCCUUAUAAAUUACAUAUGGCAGGAAAGAAAUAGUCUAUUCCAACACACAAGUCCUUCAUUCCUCAUAUCUUAUUACUUAUACAAUAUUUUACAGAAAGAAUGUCUCGGAGCAUUAUACAUAUGUUCCUACAAAAUUAAAUAAUGUUCAGAAGAAGUAUGUGUACUCAAUUCGUGUUCAAUUAAAUGUUAGUGUGAAAUAUUAAAGAAAAAGGAGGUAGAUGUUGUCUAAUUCUGCCUUCCAAAUAAAGCAGAGUGAUAUUCAUUCCCAGUGGUUCAUCUAUAAAAUUAAGUAACAAACAACUCUCACAUCUAUUUUUGAGCUCUUAGUGUGAAUAACCAGAACAUGUGAUAUAUAUAUAUUGGGAUGUGUUGUCAAGUGCUUUUCCAUAUAUGUUAGACUGAGAGGGUGAACAAAAAUGUAUACAAAAUUGAAUGUUCUAAAGUGCAAAAAUUCAGUGUUACAAAAAAUAAAUUUUGCCAUUUUAGUUUUAAAGUGUGUUUAAUCAGGAUUGAAAGAUCGUUUAAAGGGACACUAUAGUCACCUAAACAGCUACAGCUUAAUGUGGUGAGCAAAGUCAGUCGCUGCAGGCUUUUCGCUAUAAACACUGUCUUUUCAUAGAAAGGGCAGUGUUUACAUUACUUCCUAAAGACACCUCAAGUGGCAAUCACUCAGACGGGUCAGUUCCUGCGUCAGUGCACUGACGUUCAGCGUCUUCAAGAUCUCCAUGGAGACGCUGAACUUUCCCCUUAUAGAUGCAUUGAUUCAAAGAAUCUCUAUGAGGAAAUGCGUGAUAGAAUUUACCCAUAGGAAAGAAUUAGGAGACUGAGUAUUCUGAUGAUCUCAGCCAAGGAGGUGGAACGGAUACAAAGACCGUGCCGGCGGAUCCACGCAACGGUGGAAUAAAGGAGUUUUCUACUUAUUUAAGGGGGGGGGGUCUAAAGCUAAAUAGUAUUUUUAACACUAUAGGGUCAGGAAUACAUGUUUGUAUUUCUUGACCUAUAUUAUUCCGUUAAUACUCUGGUAUGGAUAUGUAACUUAAUAAUACUUAUGCAAAAAUAUAGUUUCUUGUUUGUACAGCUUUGGGACAGUAGGCAAUAACUCUCUGACACACAGUGACCCAUACACCAACACUGAUACAUACAGAGUGACCAAUGCAAACAGUGACCCAUACUGACACUCACAGUGACCCAUUCAUAAACACCAACACACAAAGUGACCCAUGCACAAAACUGUGACACACACAGGUACCCAUACUGACACACAGUGUCCCAUAUACACACUUUAAUCUCAUUAAGCUGUACCUCACUAGAUGCUGUCUGGACGCAUCACUAUGCCAGUGUGCUUGUCCUCAGUGUGUCCUCCAUUUCCCCAUCUUUCAUUUUCCAGGUUGAUGGCCCCCAGGAUAUAGUGUAACUAGGUAUCCUAACAGCAUUUACCUUGUUAAAUUAUUAUCGACUUAUUGCUGUCGCUCCUUGCUCUUCCCCACCACUUCUCCAGGUUAGCUAAAUUUAAUAUAUAAAAAUCUCUGGCAGCGGCUUACUGGGAAAGCUCCCCCACAAGUCACAACAGUGAGAGGGCACAUGCACCUGUCUACGGAUCUCCCUGCCACUCAUGUGGCGGAUGCAAAAGUGUCCUCUGUUGUGUUGUUUUUGUUCCCUUGAGUACCGUGAUCCAAAGGGUAAAGUGCCACCAGGUGGCACUAAAUCUAGAUGAGAUUUGAGCCUGUCCUGUUUUAGGCUCAUCUACACGUGAGUUGAUACUUCACAAGAUUGCUUCACAAUAUACUUUAAUAACACAGAUAUAUACUAUGUGUUUCCCCUUGUUUUCUUUCAUGUAUACAUUGAGACCAACUGGACCACAUUACCAUUUCUAUUUUAUGAUAAGAUCAGAUAAUCACUAUUUAGGGUAGGUGUCUAAUCCAUAAUACUUACCACUCCACUCUUGAGGAUAAUUGCUUUUCGUCUUUUUUCCCACUCUUUCUUUGUUUGCAUUAGUAUGUGCCUUGGCACACAUCGCAUAUCCCAAUACAUUUAACACAGAAGGCCAUCUACCCAUUUCCUCCGUUUUGGCCUUUCAUGUUGGAAAAUGGAUGAGGUUUUUCUGAGUGUUCUUAGAUCUGUUUUUCUUAAUCUCAGCUUUAUGGAGAAUGUAUUCAAAUUGCACAGAGGCACUGGUGUGGGCUCUGCAGCUUCAGGUGGACUUUGUUCAGCUCUUCUCUGGUGUCAACCAAAAAAUGCCAGGUCCAUGACCCACUUGGUAAUCAUUAAGUUUGGUCAAUCCUUCAGGCCCAUCUACACAUUCUCAGAUAUUAGACCUCAUCUUAUUCGCCAGUACUUUGUUUACUUUAUCAGACCUGCUUAUUCACUAGCACCAACAUUCGUUUAGCAGACUCCCAUGUUAUUGGCCUGGCCGCCCCACCCCCUAAUUCCUUAUUAGACAUUGUCUUUCAAUCCAUUUCAGAGGUCCUCACGGCACCGCGUGUAAGGGCAGCAGUGUGUCCACGUUUACUUCUCAUUUCUCUUAAAAAUACACUUCUCUUGAACACCUUGAGUUCACUUGUCAAAAGUGCAGAAUAGCAAUGAUGUGAGAACAGUUGCAUCCUGCUAGACCCUGCCCUUCCUAAACUGUUGCAAUGUGAUAACAUUUAUUGCACAUCCGUAGUCAGGGAUGAUAGGAGUCUAACUUUACACAGUUAAUCAUAAUUUGUUGGGCUCUUUAUGGCGAUUUGGGUGCCAGGAUUUGAGAAGGCAAAGCCGGUGAAGUUAUGGUUUGUCUGGAGGGAUAUAAUUCUUGUGGUGGCAUUUGUUCAGAGGUCUCCACAAAGGGUUUGUUGCUACAAUUUCUGUAAUUCCUUUUAAUUUACUGUGUAAUGAUGCUCCCACUGAUAUGAUUUGAUAUGCCCAUAUUUGUGUAUAUACACUAGUGAUCUCAUUGGUACCUGUCUUUGUUUUUUUAUAUAUAUAUAUAUGGUUUUUUUUUUUGUUUUGUUUUUUGCUUUUAACGGUUUUUCAUUUUGGAAUGCCUUUAUUGUUUCAGCUUUCUCUUUAUAUGGAAAAGUUUGAGGAAUUCCAAACAACAAUGGCAAAAAGUAAUGAACUUUUUACAACGUUUAGGCAAGAAAUGGAGAAGGUUUGUUUUGUUUUGUUUUACUUAUGAUUAAGUUACUCCUAAUGUUAUGUUAUAUAUGGGAUUAACCUCUGUAAUGAUUCCAAUACAACCUAUAGCGCGUCAAACUCUUAUGACCAGCAUUUCUGGUUAAAUAUCUUCUGUAUUUUGACAGGCAUCACUCUACAAUGGCUAAUGUUUCUAAAAAGCUGGUCUACUGGACAGUGUUUUUUUGUAUGUCAGUUAGGGUGUGGGUACACCUUAUUUUACAAAAAGUAUAGUCAGAAUGGACCCCAUACAGUCCGCCAUGUAUCAAAAUAAAAGGGUCCACACUGCUUCAUCCCUCUGAACUCAUUUUAGUAUCCAUUUGAUGCCUGCAAAGAAAUAGUGAAUGGAAAGUAAAUUUCAUCAGUAUUGCUGCACUGUUGGAUACUGAAAUCUUUUUUUCACGUUUUUUGUUAAUUCCAUCUUUUACUAUUUUUGUUAUCUUCCUUUAAUAAGUUUGUUUUGCACUGUUUUUGUUAGACAUCCAAAUGUCAUGUUUGUCUUUUUUUAUUUUAUUUAUUUAUUUUUUAAGAUGACGAAGAAAAUAAAGAAACUUGAAAAGGAAACCGUGGUCUGGCGCACAAAGUGGGAAGCCAAUAACAAGUCUCUACUACAGAUGGCUGAGGAGGUAAGUUUAUUUUGAUGCCUCUAGUUCUUUAUAGAGAUGCUUGGAUCUUUACACAGACAUCUAUACAUUAUCGUUUCAGAAGAGGUGUCGCACAUAACUGAAAUAAACUGUGUCCCCAGCCACUAAUAUAGAACUAUAUAGUUUCACACUACUUUUGUGUAUGCUGAGUCUCGAACUAAGGUUUCCCUUGAUUUCACUUCAAGUAAAACCAUAUAUGUCAAUAGCAAGAUAUAUUUAAAGUAGAGUCCAACAGCCAGCGAAAAUAGUCUGCUGAAAACGAACCACUUUUGCUAUAUUCCAACUGAGUUUCUUGCAAAGUAUUGGAGCCUUUGUUGAGACUGGAUUUCCCCUGUUGAUACUAAGCCUUUGUAGCAACUGGUCAGCAUCUGUCAUGCCAGCAGAAAAGUACUGUUGUUGCAGGCCUCUGCCAGGCAACUGAAAAAUUCUUGUUUAUAUGACAUAGCUUAAGCCCCGAGGGGAGGUUACCAGAGAGAUAAAAAAAAUAUAUCUCCAUAAGACUGGUAGCCUUGAUAAAUCUUUGCCAUGUUUUGUAAAGUAAACCAUGAAAUUUCACAAAUUCUCCAAGUCAAUUGUGCGGUGUGUAGUUUACCAUUGAGGCAUUGGAGUAAACGUGGAAUUUUAAAAAACACUCUUGGGGUAGGACACAUUGUUUGCAUUAGUUGGAAAAUUGUGGUCAAAAGUCUGUGUAUAGUCCACUUUCCAAAGUUUGGGAUUAAUUGUCACCACAUGUCCUACCCAUUCACAAAUACAAGAUUGCAAUGAUAGCCCUAAUAUACACCAGCUACCCAUUAAUAGAAUCCAGGGGGAAAAUGUUACAGAAACACUAAAAACUGCCCCUGAAGUCACUAAUAAAGCACCACAUUUUAAUACUUCCCUAGCUGUUUUUUUUAUAGAACAUCCGCUGUAUGUGGAGUGGUGACACUCCAGAUCCCUAUAGCACUUUAGCUUUCUGAAAAGCUUUUUUUUGUGUGAAGUGUGCCCUAUUUUAAUUGUUGGGCAAAAAGUGCAGAUUCCAAUUGAAAAUGCCACUUUUUUUUUUUUUUUUAUUAACCUGGUAACACCUUCCUAGCUUUCAAGUAGACACUGUCCUGUUACUUUCUGGUUUGUUUAGCUUAGUGGAGCUUACCUCAAGAGGCAGCAAUUUCUCAGUGUACCGCCUUGCAAAGCCUUCUCAUUGAGCAGCAUUGGUUUGUGAUUGGACAGCCACAGAAAGUCUGGGCGGGGUCAGAAGUGGAGAGUUUGCAAAGGCAUCAGACAAAAGAACUGCAUAUUUUGUAAGAUGGUUUUAGAUAAAUCCCCAAUGGGAAAAAAUGCAUGCAAGGUCAUGUUUGGGGUAAUGGACACACACACACUCACUCACUCACUCACUCACUCCUGGAGAUCGAAAAAAAAUAUAAAAAAUAUAUAUAUAUAUAUAUAUAUUACAUACGCACACACACUCCUGGAGAUUUCAUAUUUCAAUCAACACAGGUUUGUGGUAACUAUAUAACUAUACACCCUAUAAAAACAAAACAAAGCUGUGUUGACUGAUUUAUUUAUGUAGUUGUGUAUUUGUAUGUACUGUUGUGAUUGGAAUGUAGUGGUGUAUUUGUGUGUGGUGUUUGCGUUUGAAUUCAAUGGUGUUUGUAUAUAAUUUUUGUAUUUUAAUACUGGGGUGUGUUUAUAUGUAAUGUCUGCAUUUAAUUGCAUGGGUGUGUUUGAAUGUAAUGUUGACCUUUAAAUGUGGAUGUACAUUUGUGUGUUGUAUUGGUGUUUGAGUGAAGGCUUGUGUAUAAUGUUGGAGUUUAAAUGCAGGGGUGUGUGUAUAUAAAAAAUAUAAACACACUGACCCAUAUACAUACAGAUGCACACACAGAUGUGCACACACCUUGAUACACAUACACUCAUAAUGUGACAUACGUAAACACAUACACACAUAAAUGUGAUCAUUUUUAAAUUUGCAGCCACCCUCCUGUUGGCAUACCUUUUUUGUCUAGGAGUGUUUCAUGCUUGGGGUCCUGCUGGCUGAGAUCGAUAGGAGUGAGUGCAGGGGUCUGCAGCCACUCACUCCAGGCUGUUCUACUCCCUGCUGGUGCUACCACCACCUCCUUCCUACCCUCGCGGCACUCUCUUAUGACGCAGGGAGGAAGGGACAAGCUGUGACUUCCUCCCAGUGCGGCCGAUAUUACAGGGGUCAGAUCACACUACUCCCAUCGGGCCCAUGUUUAGUAAUUAUUUAGGCCGAAUAACAAAUUUUUUUUUUUUUUUAGUGCAUAGUUUAAAAGACAUGCUUGCAUUAACAAUUCAGAUGAUAUAUCACAGUGAAAGAUAGUAAUGAUAACAUGAAAAGUCAAGAAUACUGCACUUGGAGGGAAUGGGGUGAAAGAACACUUUGAGACGGGGGAGGGGGGAAAGAACACAAAAAAAAGAGGGUGGGGGAGGAUGAUCACAGGGGGGGGUGGAGGAGGAGGAGGAACAUUAAGCUGGGGGAACCACUAAAAGAGAAGGGAAGUUUUCAUAUUCACUUAAAUUAAUUAAAAAGUCUAAUUAAUAAAAUUUAUAGUAAAAAAAAAAAAAGUGUGGCUUUUUUUUUUUUUUAAACUAUUUGGGGAAAGUCGGCUAAGGGCAUCCUGAAUUUUCACUUUGGGUUUCGGCCCAGAAUUUUCAUUUCGGUGCGUCCCUAAAUGCAUUGGCUACCCGAUGGGGUUCUCAAAGUGUGUUGGCUUUGGCUUUAGUCCUGCCUCUAGGUGAGUAUCGAGCUGCAAAUGCAGUGUUGGCAGGCUCAUGGAUUAGUGUGUUUGUGCGAUACAUCCAAAAUCAUCUGGUGACCCACACUUUGAGAAACGCUGGUUGGUUGGUUGGUUUUGUUUUUGUGCAGAAUCUGGCAAACUUGAGCGUGCAUACUAAGCUAGGUAAUUUAUAUUGUUACUAUCAUUUGUGUGUAUAAUACCAGAUUCUGCCCUGGUUAAAUUGAGGAAAAUGUAUAACUGCAAAAAUGUGUUUGCAAUUAUGCAUUUAGACUAAUUUAGCAAACAAAUGCAUUCAUUUUUAUGAGGCCUACUAACAAUCUUGCACGCUGCUUUCAAGAUGGAUCCAAGGUUUUCAUCAGGUGUAAGGAGACUUCCUUUCAUAUUUUAGAACAGACUUCCAUGCAUGACUCGCUUCUGUGCAAAAUGAUUCACAUUCACUUGUUGUCUGUUUUGUCUUUUAAGAAGGCUUAUUAUAGGUUUUAAAAUUGUAUCUGCACAUACUCGGCUGUGUUGUUCUCAUAUGAGGCAAACAGUGUAAUCCGAAAAAUGCUGACACUCAGUCUAAGCCUUCUCCGCUGCAACAAGGCCAUCUUUACCGGUGGCUUUAUGUAAAUAACUGUGUGCUUUGUCUUGAAAUUUCUCUGGAUGUACUGUAAUCUGUUGCAGCACCUAAAACCUAGUAAAUAUCUGAAGGACGGCCACCAGAGGAACCUCUUUCUUUGUAUAAAAAAAAAUCAAUCAAAACCGCUAUGCUUUCAUCACCACUCUUUAAAAGCAGUCUUUUGAAGUGAAAAAUUAAGUGGACUUAAUUGGUUUUCUAAACAAAAUAAUCCUACUACAUGUUCUUCGUAUCGUAGGUGACAGGAUGUUGUCUAUUGUCUUCAGUCUUAACAUAAGUUUUUCUUGUUUAAAGGUCAGAAUAGUGCCAUUUUUGGACUGCUGCAUUGUUUAAGUCUAUAUGACAUUCCUAAACAUUUAUUUUUCUUUACCACAGAAAACUGUACGAGACAAAGAAUACAAAGCUAUGCAGUUUAAAUUGGAGCGUCUAGAGAAGCUUUGCAGGGCCCUUCAAACAGAGCGGAAUGAGUUAAACAAAAAGGUUGAAAUUCUCCGUGAUCAAGUUUCUAUUCGAGACGACCAGGAUCCAGGAGAAGGAGACUCGAUAGGGACAAGUACAGUGGAAUCUUCUAAAGAGCUGUGUCAGAUCACAGACAGAGACGAAUCUGGAAUUCAGCCCAUAAUUGUAUCUCAGUCAUCAGAUGAAAUAGUACAAGAGGAAAAGACUUGCAUAAUUGGCUCUUGUGACAUAGAUUCGGUGGACUAAAACAAGGUCCAGAUACACAAGUAUAUAUAUAUAUAUAUAUAUAUAUAUAUAUAUAUAUAGUGUAUAACUUUGUUGGUGGUAAUUUGCUUUGUGGUGACAAAUUUCUUACUUUUUUCUACCAUAUCUGUAUUUUCUUAGGACUUCUGGAUUACAUGUGGUACACAAAGCUUCCUAGCAUCUUUGUACGGUCUAGUAGACAGUUUGACAAUAGUCCUUAUUUUAGGUGUCCAUGCUCUGGUACGGGGGGUGCAUGUUAAAGACACCCUCGUUAGGAGCAGCAUGUCUUGAUUUAAAAAAAAAAAAAAAACUAAAUAAAUGGGGGGUUGUUGUUUACAUCACAUGUUAUGAAAUUUUACUAAAAUAUAAAGUUGAAUCUUUAUUUUGACCAUAAAGGAACUGAAAUAGUAUAUAUUUCGUUUUUUACGCCACUUGUAUGCAUAGUUCAAAUAUGAUCGUUUUUUUUUUGUUUUUUUUUAAAGAAAAUAGUGAAGAUAUGCAGAGGCUAAUAUGCAGAGUUCUAUAGACAGUAGAUCCAUAAAACUUAUCAUGCAAUCCGGACAACAAUUUGAAUUAACUAGGUGUGUGUAUAGCUGGCAUUGUCUGGACUUGUGUAAAACCAUUAAACUGGUUUAUGAAAUACAUAACAAGAAAAGUAGCCAGUAUUUUAGGUCUUAAAGUGGCACUGUCAUGAUGAUCUUACCUUUCUCCUAUUGUUUCCGCUCCACUUCCUCUCUCAGAAUCUGUUCUGAUUUCUUUUAUUUCUGAUCUAGUUUUCUUUAAAACAGAUAAGGUAGGGACUACUUUGUCUUGUGCAUUUUUCCUAUGCUUGACUUUCUUUGACAUGUGGAGUUUAAGUGGGUUCCAUUUUCUGUGUCAAGGAGAAGGGUGAGUACUUUCUCUGACAUGGGAAAUGGAGCAGGCUUAAGCUCCUCCUUUAAUCAAAGAAAGUCAAGCAUAUGAAAAAUACAUAAGUCAAAUUCGUCUCUACUUUCUUAUGUUUUAAAGAAAAGAAGAACCGAUUCAGAGAGAGGAAGCGAUAAGAGAAAGGUAAGUUCUGUGUGACAGUGUUUUUUUAACUGUAGACUUGAUAAUGCUAUGGUUGACCGCUGAAACAUCAGGCACUUUAUUACUGUAUUGAAUACAUUUUAGAGUUUUGUCCAGAGAUUACAAGUUAUUUUAUAGGUUGUAGUGGACACAUUUUGUAAUUUUAGUUUAAGAUUACUCACUAGGCUCUAAAACCUUCAGUUUCAGUUGGUUAUAACCUAGUCAGGCCUUUUAUUAAAUAUUUUAAAAUUCCUUUCUUUCUUUCUUCUGGAAAUCUUUCUGUUCUGCAAAAUUAGGUUAGAACAAUAGCGAUUUAUUAAAAAUCAGAACUAUGGUAAAGUACUGGUAAAUUUAGUUCACGUAUGAGCCCAUUUUUAAGUGUGUCCCCCCCACACCGAAAUAUGUCAGCAGAGGAGAUAGAAACGGCAUAAUUCUUUCUUCCCAGCUUCUUUUCGUAUCAUUAGUUAGAAAGGGACUGUAUUAAUGGCCACUGCUUCCCCAAAUCUCAGGCAGACUAGGACAUGCAUGUGCUGGUGCUGUUCUAAGGUUAAAGAAUCCCAAACAAACCACAGCACUAAAAAAGAAAACUCACAUAAUAUACUUAAUAGUCAAGUGUAUUAGUCAAAGCACUAUAACCACUACAUGCUAUGGUAACAGGCGCUGGUCAGACCAAACUUGCUGGAAUUGCUAGUGCAGUAAUGGAUCAUCUACCUUUGCAAUCUGUUUAAUUCAUAUUUUUCACUUCAUUCAUCAGGGUGUAGUAGUUAUGGUAUAUAGAUGGACCAUAAUACCAAAAUAAUGCCGUCUUAGUUUUCUGGAGACAUUAAUGAACCACUCUACCUUUAGUAUAAUGACUUUCAUCUGGAAAAAUACUGAGGCCCUAAUUUAUGGGAGUUUUUUUUUAUAUUCAUUACAUAUAGCGGUUUCUGUUGGUAUACAUGUUUUCCCACAUAUAUUACUUCUUUGUUUAGUAAGUUGUAAGCCAUAUAACAAACCAUGCUACUUGUUCUCAUGACAUACCUCUUUUAGAGUAAUUUUUGGAAUGUGCAAUACCAUGUACCGCAACGGAAGCCCAGAUAAGUCUAAUUAAUGCUUUAUUUAAGCUUAUUCCAAAAAAUCUAAAUGGAUUUUGAAAAUAUUACUAAAAUUCUAAACCUGUGCAGGAAACUUACUGGCAAGUAUAGCGAGCAGCUAGACUUCAAAAUCAAAUUUCUAUCAAUCCAAGCCUGAACAAAUCGACCCGUCCAGGUAAAUCACAGGCAAAUUGAUUUUGUUCUGUUUUUGAUUAAAAGAAAUUUGAUUUGGUCGAACUGGUAGAAACAAAUUUUUUUUUUGCACAAACAAAAAGCCAAUUUAUGGUGCGCUGUGACCUAAAUUUUCUUGUUUUACACAUCAUAUACUUCAUUACUACAGGGUUCUAAACCAUAAAGUGACAUAUAGUGCAGAAAACGUCUUUACAAUAUAUAUAAAUCUACAUCACCUUUCCUUCCUUUCUGAAUGGCACUUACAUAUAUCAGAGCCACUUCCACCCUGCUCUGGGUUAAAAAGACCAAUAAUAAGAUGGAUUACUCUCCGUGGAAAGUCUUUCCAACACUGCCCAUAGUGCAGUAGUUAGCUGCUAUUUUUGUACAAGUCUGCCAUAUACUCUUUUGUUUAAAAUAUCUUUGUGUAUAGACUGCAAAAUGGCUCUGAUCACAUGUAGGGCAUGUUCUGAGGAAAAUUAGGCCAGUUGGGUUGAAAAUAUUCUAAUAUCCAUGAUUGUUAGACACUUAAAUUAGUCAUCCUUGUCUAUGAUUCUCAC